AUGAAUUCGUCGCGAUUAAAAAAGUUAACUCCGAUGAAUUCUUCGAGAAUUAUCACAUCUAGUAGACCACAGUCAACUCUAAAUUCUUCUCGAACUAUCAGAAUAACAACUCAACGGCCUGAGAAACGUACAAUCCGGGCGAGUACAACUUCAAUUUCAGGAAAUCAAAGCUUAUCCGAACAAUUUACUAGAUUAAAUCAAGAAAUUGCCCAAAUUCAGUGCGAAGUAAAGCCCUUAAGAUCUCAAUACAUUGCAUUACAAAAUUCACUUCUAGAAAAACAACAAAAAUCUAACUUCAAUGAUGAAAUUGACCCUGAAGAUGACGAUCAAGCUGUUAAUAAAGAAGAAUUUCAAACAGCAAAAUUUAAAUUUGAAAAUGAAAGCGUUAAAUUACAAAAACAGCUUGACAUGAUUAGGUCUGCACUUUCAAUUACUCAAAUUAAUACACUAGAAGAGGAAGAAGAGAAUGGAAAGCGUUUAGUACAAACUCUUCGAAUGAAUAUCAUGCAAAUGGAUGAAGAAAUAGAUAAGCAGCAAAACCAGAUUAAUUCAUACAGACUUUCUCAGAUAUAUGAUACAAUUCAAAAGCAAAAAGACGAAAUUCAAAAACUAUCUCAAGAAUUACAAGACGAAAUUACUAAACAUGAGCAGCUUAGAGCCCAGAGAGAUGGGUUCGAAGAGUCUUCAACGAUGUCAAGCGAGUUUGCAGAAGACGUUAAUCAGAUCGGUAGACUCAAAAGGAAGCUUGAAGCAGCAAGGAGAAAGCACUUCGAAAAAUGCAAAGUAUUCCUCCAGUUAAGGAACAAGCAAUUGGCUGAAAUUGAAGAGGUGAAAGCGGCCAUCAACAAAGACAAUCUUGCUGACGAUAAUUAG